AUGGCUCCUCAAAAACGAUCCAAGAGGCCGAUGUUGUUGUCCCAUAGUCGGCCUCCAAUCGUCAAAUCCAAGGAGGCUGCCCUUUCAGCCAAAGCCACCCGCAAUCUCAUUCGCUCUCAUCACCGGCUUCUCAAGACCCGAGCACAAGCCUUGGCAGCUGGCGAUGAGGCCCGGGUCAGCAGCAUCGAUGCUCAAAUUGAAGCCAACGGAGGCUUGAAGAGCUACCAGACUGCAAGCAAGCUCGGCCAGUCAAUGGACCGUGGUGGUGACUCCAGCAAGGUUCUCAUUGACUGGAUCAAGCCGCAGCUUAGCCAAUGGAACAAGACCAUCCCUCAGCUGCGGGUUCUUGAAGUUGGAGCUUUGAGCACGAAGAACGCCUGCUCUAACAACGCAGCAUUGCAUGUCACUCGAAUCGAUUUGAAUUCUCAAGAGCCAGGGAUUCUCAAGCAAGAUUUUAUGGAACGGCCUUUGCCGUCCAGUGAUGCCGAACGCUUCAACCUCAUCAGUCUAUCAUUGGUAUUAAAUUACGUUCCUGAUGCCAUGGGACGGGGUGAAAUGCUCAAACGAUGCGUCAAGUUCUUAACUUCAAAAUGCUCUGUUGAGCUUGUUCCAACACUCUUCCUGGUUCUACCCAUUGCAUGUGUCGAUAACUCGCGCUACCUGAAUGAAGAAAGACUUAGGGAGAUCAUGACUUGUUUGGGCUUCCGCCUAACUCAGAGCAAGCGGACAUCAAAGCUGGUCUUCCAUCUAUGGGAACACUCUGGUACCUACGCGCCUAAGGUCUACAAGAAGGAAGAGUUGAGGUCUGGCAAGACAAGAAACAAUUUCGCCGUCAUCCUCAACAAAGGCUGA